GCUGAGGCUGACUGCGUUGAUAUCAGUCACUGGUCCGAAGCAUGCUUGCUUCCUCCGCAGUGGUUUGCGAUGUGGUCACUCCUGUUCGAGGAAACCCGCUUUAAGAGUUUCUGCAAAAAUGGCUGCAAGUGAAUCAGAAGGCAAAACCCCAUCACCCUCCAAGAUUAUAGACUCCCAUCUGCAUGUUUGGGCGUCUCCUGACGAGGCUGCGGGUAAAUUCCCUUACGUUCCUGGACAAGAACCCACUUUACCCGGACAUGUCGAUUUUUUGCUCCAGUGCAUGGAGGAAGCAAGGGUAGAUGGUGCGCUUAUUGUGCAGCCAAUCAAUCACAAGUUUGAUCAUAGUUUAGUCACAAGUGUCCUGAAGAAAUACCCAACCAAAUUCGUUGGUUGUUGCCUUGCUAAUCCAGCUGGUGACGGAAGUGGCAUUAAGCAGUUUGAACACCUUGUUUUGCAGGAUGGCUAUCGUGCUGUACGGUUUAACCCUUACCUGUGGCCAUCUGGUGAAAAGAUGACAAAUGAAAUUGGAAAGGCUAUUUUUUCAAAAGCGGGAGAACUCAAAGUGCCAGUGGGAUUCAUGUGCAUGAAGGGACUUGAUCUUCAUAUUUCAGAAAUCGAGCAACUGUGUGCAGAUUUUCCAUCAACGGUUGUAUUGCUCGAUCACUUAGCCUUCUGCAAACCACCAACAAACGAUGAGGAAGGUCUUGUCUUCUCUCAGCUUCUGAAUCUAUCAAGAUUCCCUCAGGUAUACGUGAAAUUCAGUGCACUUUUCAGAGUGUCAAGAUUGCAGUUUCCGUAUCUGGAUCUUUGUCCUCUAUUAUCCCAACUUCUGUCUAGCUUUGGAGCUAACCGUGUAAUGUGGGGCAGUGAUUUUCCCUUUGCUGUUCCUGAAUGUGGGUACAAGGGAGCCAAAGAAGCCGUGCAUCUUAUUGCCAAAGAGAUUUCUCUGUCUUCUUCUGAUUUGGAGUGCAUCAUGGGGGGUACCUUCACACAACUCUUUCAGACCCACUUGACAUCUUAAGCAAUUUUGUAAUUCUGUAUGAAAAUUCUCCUUUCACCACUUAUGAGGGACAAGUGGCAAUGUUUUUAUAAAUUAAAUGCUAUCCUCUGGUGGAAUGUUGUCAUGUAUUCAACUUUAGAUGUAGAACCUGGUUCUGUAAAUAAGCAAAGCCCUUCAAAAUUGAAAUUGGAUACUGAUUUUCUAGGUAA